AUGUCUUCGCCUACACAUUCCAACGAUGCUCAAGACAUAAGUUUUACAUCACUUACCGAUGGAUCACCCGUAAAUUGCGUGACAACUAGAAGAACUCGUGUUGACACGGAAGGUGGUCUUAAUCCAUUGUUAAAGGAACUACGUGAGUUCAAGGAGUCAAUGGUUAACAAAAUGGACAAAUGGUUCGCCAGACAGGAAAAUAUGAUAUCCAAGGUUGUAAAGGAAUUCAACGAAGUUAAGCAAACAAUGAAUCAAAUGUCAAAUUAUUUUGACGAACUAAACAACAAGACCACGGCAUGUCUCAACCGUCUAGCUGAAACAGAAAAGAAGGUAAAAAGUCUAGAAGAACACACUAAAACCAUAACUCAAUUGGAAGCGAAAAUUGAAUCAAUGGAGCAACAUUCACGUCAGUGCAAUGUAGAAAUUCAGAACGUACCUGAGAGACGUAAUGAAAAUCUAAUAAAAAUAGUUGAACACAUCGGAACGUCUAUUAAGCAAAGCAUAAGUCCGAAUGAUAUAGUAUCUGUACACCGAGUGCCUCAUGCUGAUACAAAGAGCACACAUCCUAAAAGUAUUGUUGUAAAAUUAUGUUCCCGGAUUCUGCGUGACAAUAUACUGUCUGCUGCUCGAAUGAAGAAAGGUUUAUACACAGAUGACUUGCAUAUUAAUGGUGAAAAUCGCAGAGUUUACGUAAAUGAACAUCUUACAUUACGAAACAAACAACUUUUUAGAAGUGCUCGUGAAACUGCUAAAAGGUGUAAUUUUCGCUUUACCUGGAUUAAGCAUGGUAGGGAGGAGGGCGGCGGCGUGUUAGUGGCCGUGCGCCGCGAGCUGCGGCCCGUGCGCCGCGCGUUGCCGGGGCCCGUGCCUCCUAUUGUCGAUUCGAUUGCGUCUCUGUUGAGGUACCGAGCGCGUCCCGAGAUCAAGAGGAAGUCGUCUAAAUCUGCACCGGGACCCGAUGGUAUCCCAUAUAUAGUCUUUAAAAAAUGUGCAUCGGUUCGUAAACACCUCCUAAAUAUAUACGGUAAAAUCUGGUCAAGGAAGCAAAUCCCGGAGUGCUUCGGGAAAGCAAUUUUUGUCCUCAUUCCCAAAAAAGAUCGAGUUACUGAUCCGAAAGAUACUAGACCGAUAGCUUUAACAAAUACUAUAUCGAAAAUCUUUUUCUCGGUUCUACAAACGAGAAUGACGCGAUUCAUGCUCAGCAACAACUAUUUUAGGCCAAAUCACCAGAAAGGGUUUUUACCCGGGAUUUCUGGAUGCUUAGAACACAACACCUUGCUGUCGGAGAGUUUAAAAGAUGCUAGAAAAAGCGAGCGGCAAAUCACUGUUUGUUGGAUAGACUUGGAGAACGCGUUCGGGUCGAUACAACACGAAUUGAUGCUAUUCGCGCUUAGAUGGUACAACUUUCCACCCCUAGUUAGAGAUAUGAUCGCGUCGUAUUACUCAAAAUUAAGGUUUUCUAUAAUAACUAAAGAAGGCCCUUCAAAAAGUUUGAGUUAUAAUGUAGGACUGUUUCAAGCCUUCGCUGACGAUCUCGCAAUACUGACACGUAACCCCAAACACUGUCAGGUACUAUUGGAUGAAGUGGAUAAAUUCUGUGAGUGGACGGAUGGAUUGAGGACAAAACCCAGUAAAUGUCACUGUCUGUGUCUUGGUAGGCGGAAUACAAGAUACACCUCAUACGAUCCGGGACUAUCGUUAGGCGGUCAAUGCAUUUCUACGGUUACGGAAAAUGCACCAUUUAAAUUUCUCGGUCGUAAGAUAGAUAAUAUAGGCCGUACUCCAUCUUUAGAAGGAAUAGUAGAUAGCUUUUUGAACGAUCUUAACAAGUUAGAUGCAGGCGUCAUAAAGAUGUUGAAAUUGUGGCUUGGGCUCGCUCUAACGGCUGAUUCAUCGGCGUUAUUUAGGGGAAGCAAUAGUUUUGGGAUGAGUCUAAAAAGGCCAUCGGAGCUCUAUAAACACCUAAGAGUUUCCAAGAGAUAUAUCCUGGGGAAAUCCCAUGAUGACAUAGUGACAUCGCUCCCAAAAGAUGAAGAUGCCCCCGAAAUGAUAAAUAUAAGAUCCAUGCAAUGA